AAGGGAUUCUGAAUCAAGUACAUCAUCAGUAGUUAGAAGGAUGAAAAAACAUAGUAUCCAAUCUCAAGAUUUGCCAGAAAUUAUAGAAGAAGAUAUAUCAGAUAUAGAUGAUAAUGGAAACGGUAAAGAUAAUCGUCCAAUAGACCAAAGCACUAUCCCUUCAGAAAAAGAAUCCCGCAAAAGACCUAGCGAAGAUACCACUAAAAAUAAAUCAUUCA